CCGAAUGCUUACAUUUUUUGUGGACUGAACCCCUACCCCAAAUCCAGUCCAACUUGGUUGUGUCAGAACGUAAGGCUGUGUUUGGACGAUCUUCUGGCGCAGGUCGGACGAUCUUCCUCUCCCAUCGCUGCCGAUCUUCAUCUCCCGCUGCUUUCCAGCUCCUCUUCCAGGGUUUCAAUCUUCCCCAAUUGUUAAUGUUCUCACAAGAUCGGCCGCAUAAAAGAACAAGCCAGCUAACAACCAUCCAAACAGUGGAUCUUCCACCACCCCCACCCUCCCCGGCGUCCCAAGCAGUUUGAAGUUCAUAGAAAUAUUCCCUCCAGGUACAAAUAAAAUGUCACUUUGGAUUCCCACCAAAGAUCACUACCCUGCCCAGUAUUCGGGAAAUUUCGAGAAAUGUCAUUUGGUCAUUUUAUGGAUAUGCGGAAGCUGCAAUUUUCUGGACAACUCAUCCAUUUUCGUAUGCUACAUCUCGUUCGCCAACAACCUGAAGACGAGAUGAGGUUUUUGAUCAAUGGUACUCUUAAAAAAUUCACUUUCGAAAAAUUCUGUUGAAUCACUACUUUGCCAAAUUCCAAGUCAUAUCGAAACUUUAGCGAUGUCAAUGUUUUGUCCGAGACUAUUCACAAUAAAUAUCUCGAAGGGGCACAGUGAGAUGCACUUUUGCCUACUUGCGUUCUAUGUUUAUGACUGCCGAGGAGGAUGUACCUGGCGGUAAUUUACAUAAGCUUGCAUCGUUAUAUUUUGUCGAGCAUGUGUUGCUAGCGAAGGAUAGAGGUACAUGUAUUGAUGCCUCCCACCUGGAAGUAGUUGAUGACCCUAACAUGUUGGCUUUAGGGAUAGGAAGUUGGAGUUUCCUUUCUUGUCCCUUCUGCCUACGAGCUACUGUAAGUUGCCAGUAAAGCAGGAUAACCCAGUUCGGCAAGCAAAGCAAACGGGAAUCAAUCUAACUACGACCUUCCCUAAUUUCAUGAGAACUUGCAUACCCUUGGGUUUGGGAGUCAUGCAUCUUGACCAUUCGACAUCUAAAGGGAAUGAUGGAUGGCCAACCAGAGAAAUUCAAAGAAAAGAAAAAUACAACUCAAAUUUGAAGUCAUGGAAAUAUGCUUUAUAUGGGUUUCCACUUGCACAGCAAACGGAAUCCCAUAUAAAGCAUAUUUCCAUGACUUUAAAUUUGAGUUGUUAUUUUUCUUUUCUUUGAAUUCCUCUGGUUGGCCAUCCAUCAUUCCCUUUAGAUGUCGCAUGGUCAAGAUGUAUGACUCCCAAGCCCAAGGGUAUGCAGCGAACAUGUUAGAGUCAUCAACUACUUCCAAGUGGGAGGCAUCAAUACAUGUACCUCUAUCCUUCGCUAGCAACACAUGCUCGACAAAAUACAACGAUGCAAGCUUAUGUAAAUCACCGCCAGGUACAUCCUCCUUCGCAGUUAUAAACAUAGAACGCAAGUAGGCCAAAAUGCAUCUCUCCUUGCCCCUUCGAGAUAUUUAUUGUGAAUUGUCUCGAACGAAAUGUUGACAUUGCUAAAGUUUGGAUAUGACUUGGAAUUUGGCAAAAUAGUGAUUCAACAGAAUUUUCCGAAAGUGAAUUUUUUAAGAGUACCAUUGAUCAAAAACCACAUCUCGUCUUCAGGUUGUUGGCGAACGAGAUGUAGCAUACGAAUAUGGAUGAGUUGUCCAGAAAAUUGCGCUACUACCAUUCAUUGUCGUGCACCUUUGUUGUCUUCUCCGAUGAGCCGUCAGGGAAGCGCUUCCAGUUCAUCUGAGCUUUUCUAUCCGAGCACUGCGCAAAUUUCAAUGCUUUACCGGGUGUGAAUCAAAGAUAUCAAUGGCCCGAUCAACCCCGCUUCGUUUACUGCAAAUUACGGGGAGAAAGAGCCUCCGGGAUCUCACAGGAUUUGGUUAUUUGUCUAUCACGUAUAAGCACACUCAACGAAGAUCACUAUCGAAUUCACACCCAACAAACUAUGCAGAAGAACCAAUUUUGCCUGUUCUGAUCAUCGGCGCCGGACCUGUUGGGCUCUCUCUAUCUAUACUCCUCACCAAAUUGGGUGUGAAAUGUGCAGUCUUGGAGAAGAACAAGGUCUUCUCUAGGCAUCCUCAAGCGCACUUUAUUAAUAACAGAUCAAUGGAGGUUUUUCGAAAAAUGGAUGGCUUAGCAGAUGAGAUUCUGAGAUCUCAGCCACCAGUGGAGUUCUGGCAGAAGUUUGUAUAUUGUACUUCUCUUACUGGUCCUAUUCUUGGCUCUGUCAAUCAUAUGCGACCUGAAGAUUUCAAACAUAUUGUGAGCCCUGUCUCUGUUGCACACUUCUCACAGUAUAAACUGACCAGAUUGAUGUGUGAACAUAUAAAGGGACUUGGCUUUCAUAUCAGGAACUGCAAAGGGGUUGAGACACACAAUGACUCUGUUUCGGAGGGUCAGCUUUUUAUGGGACAUGAGUGCACAGCGAUACAUCCUAGCAAUAACUUUGUUAAUGUGACAGCAUCUUUCCAUGAGGAUGGGAAGUCUGUUGAAAAAAGUAUACGGUGUCAGUUCCUUGUUGGUACAGAUGGUGCUGGAAGUACAGUGAGGAAGCUUAUGGGAAUAAAUAUGGAAGGGGAAAAAGAUUUGCAGAAGCUUAUCAGUGUGCACUUUACAAGCCAAGAAUUGGGGCAGUACCUCAUUAAUGAGAGACCAGGGAUGCUGUUUUUCAUUUUCAAUGAAAAAGCUAUUGGCGUUCUUGUUGCCCAUGAUCUCAGGCAGGGUGAAUUUGUAUUGCAAAUACCAUUUUAUCCACCUCAGCAGAAGCUUGAGGACUUUAGCUCAAAGAUAUAUAACAUAAUUUAUGAGCUGGUUGGUCAAGAACUUGCAGACAUCAAUGUCAUAGACAUAAAGCCCUGGGUAAUGCAUGCUGAAGUUGCUGAGAAAUUCCUGUCCUGUGGGAACAGAGUAAUUCUUGCUGGUGAUGCUGCACAUCGUUUCCCCCCUGCCGGCGGUUUUGGAAUGAAUACUGGUAUUCAAGACGCCCACAAUAUUGCUUGGAAAUUAUCUUUAAUCAGCAAGGGAAUUGCACCUGCAUCAUUUCUUUCCACUUAUGAAGUUGAGCGUAGACAGAUUGCCAGCUUUAAUACCUCACUUAGCGUCCAAAACUACAAAGCUGCUAUGAGAGUUCCUGCUGCACUUGGGCUUGAUCCAACCAUUGCAAAUACAGUCCAUCAAGCUCUUAAUAGCACCGUCAGCUCCAUUUUACCAUCUAGGCUACAGACGACUAUUUUAGACGGGAUUUUUAGCAUAGGUCGCGCACAGCUUUCUGGUCUUGUUUUAAAUCCAAAUAACCCGAUUGGAUCUGCUAGGCUUAAAAAACUAAGAGAAAUAUUCGAGGAAGGACAGAGCCUUCAGCUCCAGUUCCCUGCUGAGGAUAUUGGUUUCAGGUAUCUUGGAGGAGCAUUAGUGUCUGAUGGUGAGAAUCUGUUGUCACCUGAAACACCCACAGGCCGAAGAAGGGAAUUUGUGCCAUCUGCAGAUCCUGGAUGCAGGCUGCCACACAUAAAUGUUAGACCUUUAUCAGAUUCACCAAGCAAGGAAGCAUUUUCUACAUUGGACCUUGUAUCGGCAGAGAAGACCGAGUUUCUUUUCAUUAUAGCACCAGUGGAGCCCUCCUACCAUUUGGCUCUAGCAGCACUCCAAACCGCUGAGGAAAGGAAAGUCCCUUUGAAGGUAUGUGUGAUGUGGCCUGGAGACACUGUUACUGGGGGAUCCAACAACAGCACAAGCAAAGCUGCAUUGGCACCUUGGGAAAAUUUCAUAGAUGUUGUGGAAGUUGAGAACCCACAAAAUUCAUCGCCGUCUUCUUGGUGGGACAUCUGCCAGAUGUCACACAGGGGAGCAAUUUUAGUGAGGCCGGAUGAGCACGUCGCUUGGCGCACCAAGUCAGAACUCGCCGCCGGUAUGGCUGCUGCUGAGAUGAGAAAGGUUUUUCAUACAAUCCUUGAAGCUUAACAGAUAUGGAAAAGUUCAUGCAAUACCCUCAGAAAUUUGAGAUUUUACGCGAACACCCCAGGAUGGUAUAAUUAUCACCGGCGCUUGCAAAAGUUCAAUAUUUUUACUAUAUCUUCUCCCAGAGAAGAAGAGAGGUUUGUUUUACAUGGAUCCCAUAGAUUUUUUAUUUGGAUCAAUAUCUAAUUUUGGAGUAUUAUUGUAAAAAAAUGAUUUUUUUGGAGCGCUGAUAAUAAAUACUUUGUUCGCCGCGUAAUAGAUUACACAAAGGGAGUUAUGAAGAAAAACCUAGUGUUUUU